AUUUAUUAAAAAAUGUUUUCUGUUCUAAUCAUUCUGAUUAUAUCCCUGAAGAGUGUGGUAACAGUUGAUAUUUCUGUGAACGUUCAAUUCGGAGGAGCGUCAGACAGUUCAUCAUGUGGUAACAAAGACAGUUUCACGGCAACAAACCAGGAAGAACUACGAGAAAAACUGGCGCAAAAGUUGGAAUCGGUAUUGUUGAAAAAUCAAGAUGAUUUGGUUACAAUUUCGUCCCAUUUCCGAUACAACAAUGAAUUCCACUCAACCGACCUUACAAAAUUAGAUUUGUUGACGACAUCAAAGCUUUCAACAGCAGCAACAAGCGACGCAUCUACUUCUGCUUUAUCCAACACUGAUAACUUUGACGAUUACACCUUGGCAACUAACGAUGACGUCACUGGUUCGUUAGCAACCGCUACAGGAAAUGACACAGCCGAUAGUGGGAGUGAUACCGAUUACAUCACAAAAACUGAUAAAGCAUCAAAAUACUCCAACAUCUCAUUUGCAACAUCUGUAGCACUAUCUACAUUUAAGUCGACAACACCAAAGAAGUACCAAACUACAGGUCGAAUAACUUCAAUCGGUACUGAGCACACUACUCUGGAAGCCGACAAGAUAUCCAGUACAUAUAUCGAGAGUUUCACAGCACACACUGCCGGCAAUUUUUUAUUACCAGAAAAUUGCGAUGUGAUCUACGAUCAGAAAUGCUUUCGAGUCAUCGUGCAACUAAUACAAAGAGUUACAUUACCUAUUGCUGAAAGUAUCUGUAGCAACAUGGGCUGGAAUCUUGCAAAUGUUUACAACGAAACCCAUUACUGGAUGCUAAUGAGUUACAUGCGCACAAAGAUUUAUUCGGACAAAUUCUACUUCAGGGUUUGGACUGGAAUGACUUUCGAGAACGGUCGCAUUCAUCUGAGAUCCGGUGUUCCGAUCACUCUCCCAACAAUCGUGUGGUACCCUAACCAUCCCAACACGAAGAAACACAUAGUAAUUGAUGUAAAUCGGAAUCCGAACGCACUUACUCAAGGAAUGUUUGAUGAAUCACCGAAAAAGGAAUACCACGGAGCUUUGUGUGAAUUAGAAGUCAAGUAAUUAAGAGUUUACCCGGGUUGACGUCGUCUUCUUUCCAGAAAAAUAGCUAUCAAAUACCAACCCCGUUGUUUGAGACCCUACAGUUUUUUUAGUGCUCGACCAUUCGACUCUUUUGGUCUGUAUCGGGCUUCUUUCUGUGUAUCGGGCGUCUCCUGGAUUCAGGCCGUCUCGAUUUAUAUUUCUCCUUAUAUUCUUUAAAUCAUUGUUUGACUUUUCCGUUCAAUUAAUUACUGUUAGACUUAGUCACGGUGUCAACGCAAGAUAACCAGUAUUGUUUCUUGCGACUCCUUUCACUCCGAAUUACCGUUUUUGCUUCUUUUCACAUUCUGUAUUCAUUUAGUAUAUUUCAUGUAUGGUGAAAAAACUACUGAUUACUGAUAUGUUGGAAUUCAUUAUUGCGUAUCUUAAUCACCGGAUCUCGCCAAUGAGCUAUCUAAUCUGAAUGAAUUAUAAUGGCUGUUCUUCUAGUCUAGUUUAUUUCGAAUCUAUUACUGUUUUACCAUGAAUUGUGUAUUUUAAAGAUAAUUUUUUAUCAUAUUGCUCCAUUGCUAUAUUUGCUGCUGUAAUACAGCAACAAGGUGUCGAUGACUGGAUGACUCGUUGAGUCAUUUGCGACCCCGCGUCAAUUUCUGUGAACCAAUGAUUCCCGUUUUUAGUUUACUGUUUUUCUCUUGCUUUGUAUUGAUUCUUGCAUGACGAAAUGAAUCUAAAUCAGAGUUUGACACUAACCAUUAUUGUCCGAAACCGCUUGUUCUUUUAUCUUUAAUUUAUUACCUUACGAUAUUCAGAUCAAAGUCUAGUUCACACAAGAAGAAUUUCCUUGUGAGCUCGUAUUUAAAAA